AUGUCUGCGCCACUCAACAACCCCGUUAUUCUGGAUCUUUCCGUUACCCAGGGCUCCAUGCUCAUUGGGGGUUUUGGGGCUCUUGUUCUUUGGGGAGCUAAUGGUGUCCAGCUGUUCUUCUAUCUCUGCGCUUACAGCUCGGAUCCCCUCUCUCAGAAGCUAUACGGAUGGUUUGCACUGCAGGUUAUCGGCGUUUGGCUCGUCGACACUGCAAACAACAUUGUUUUGCUACAAGGAGUGUGGAAUCCCCUUGUAUCUCACUGGGGCGAUUUGAACAUCGUCGGCUCUUUAAUCCCUGGGGAAAUGAACCAUGUUAUCACCAAUGCCAUAGUAUCAUACCUUGUCCAACUGUUCUUCAUUCGCCGCAUUUAUAACCUCGGCGGUCAGAGGUGGCUCGCGCCCGUUGUCUUGUCUAUCUUUGCGCUUGCUGCACUAGUGCUCAUUAUGACCCCAAGCACCCGUCAAAUGAUAUUGCGGCUGCUCAUUGUGACCAUCAACACCAAUGCUUGGACGGCCCUUGCAUCAUUGAUAGCGCUCCUCAUGAUGGUAGGCAGCCGAACGACCUUCCUUUACUGCAUCCCACAGAUGACAAUCUCGGGGCUGUACGUGGGAUCACUUCUCGCAAAUCUCAAUGCGCGAGCGUACGUGAAGGAUGGGCAUGUCACCUGGAACGAGUUCACAUCGGUAUUCCCUGAUGAUUCCAACGUACCCUUGGGUGCCAUUGGCGCUCAGCAAACCUCUGGCGGAAGAACCUAUACCGCGGACAUUGAGAGUGCGCGCGCGCAUCAAAUUGCCAUUAACAUCGAGACCUCUCGGAUCACUAGGAGCGCUGGAGGAUCCCAAGGAACUUUGGAAGACGACCGACUGUUGGGGUUCCUCGUCAUCUUCUUUACCAGAAUGUCCCGUCCUCAGACUGUCUGUACGCCUCUGCCUCCGGCUCUCCAUCGGCCUGCCAAUGAGCCUCUCCCGCCAUCGGAUACUCCGCCUCAGCAGCCUAGUACUCCUCGUCUCUUUGUACCUAAGCCUCCGGAUCCCUACGUCCAAUUCGUCCUUGUCCCAACGUCAUGUCUACCAGAUAUAACGCAGCCAGUUAAACUCGAGAUUCGCCAUGCGAUACUCUGCUGGCACGUUACGAUUGAAUGUUUUCGGUAUCUGGCCUGGUGUGUACUCAAGUUAGAGGGCAGCUACUGGAUUGGUCGAGGUUCCUCCAUCACCGAUCGUAGCGAUGACCACUACGAGGAUAACGACCCGCUCGUUGAGGACGUGUACUACCAAUUCAAACCAGAUACGUCGUGUGAGUGGGACUUUGCUCAUGCCGCUAUCAAACUCUGA